AUGCUGGAGGCCUCUCUUUCUACAGGUUCGGGACUCCAGGUAUUGUGGCCUUUGGACUUUUGGACCAGGAGGUCGGGAUCAAGCCCCUCUGACGCCACUGUGACUACUAAAGCUAGCAGUAUCUCUGCUGCUGACCCUGCGGGAUCAGAGGUCUUUGUGGCUUACCCUGGAAAGUAUCAUUUCACGUUGGAUGAGCCAAACAGAUGUCAGCAGGAACGUCCCUUCUUAGUCCUCAUCAUCCCAGUAGCUCCACACAACAGUGAGGCCCGGGACGCCAUCCGCAACACAUGGGGGAAGGAGACCUUGGUGCUGGGUCAGAGGGUCAGCCAUUACUUCCUACUGGGACUGUCCAAGCUGGAAAAUGGGACAGAUCCCCUUCAGGAGCAGAGCCAAAGACAUCAUGAUAUUCUCCAGAGUAACUUCUUGGACUCCUACAGAAACCUCACCAUUAAAACCAUGAUCAUGUUUGAAUGGGUGCUCUCUCACUGUCCCAACACCUCCUACGCCAUGAAGGUAGACUCAGACAUUUUCCUGAAUGUCCAGAAUUUAGUGGGCAUGCUCCUGAAAGCCCCUCAACAUCUCUACAUGACAGGAAUGCUGGUCAGAAGAGCUGCUGUUCUCAGAGACGUUCACUCAAAGUGGUAUGUUCCAGUUUCAGCCUUUCCUGAGUCUCUCUACCCCCCCUACGCUCUGGGACUGGGCUACGUGUUCUCCCUGGAUUUACCCGAGAGGAUCCUGGAGGCGUCUGCACACGUUAGAGCUCUUUACAUCGAAGACGUUUACGUGGGGCUGUGUCUGAGAUAUCUGGGAAUCUCGCCCACAGAUCCUCCACACGCUGAUCUGUUCAGGUUGACCAUGCCGCGUUCUAUGCGCGACUGUUACUGGACCUCAGUUAUUACAACAGUUCUGCAGAGCUCCAGGCAGCUGUCACAAAUGUGGAAAUCUUAUCAGACUCAGAGGAGGAGUGGCUGUUAG